GGGGUGGGUGGGUGGUUGGCCAGGGGGAGGAGGCAGAGAUAGAUGGGAGGAGAGAGCGAAGGACACACAGCUGGAGGAAGGAGGGACAGAGUCGAGAGAGAUACAGGCAGAGAGGUUGAGAGAAAAAGAGCGGAGGAAGUGGAGAGGGAAGAAGGGGGAAAGAGAGAGGGUUAAGAAACAAGAAGCAUAGGGUCCCAGGAUCUGCUGCCAAAGUUUACGCGUAGUACCGGUGCUCCGGCCGGGAGCCCCUCUCCCCGGGACAUGGCUCAAGCUACCCUCUUUCUGCUCCUGGCCGCCGCUCUCAGCCUGGCCGGGGCGGCGAGCGGACAGCGGAGCGGAGACGGCCAGCCGUCCGCCCACCCUCUGUUGUACUUCGAGGCGCGGGACGUGCGGAGCCUACGGCAGAAGGCGCGGGGCAGCCACUCCUCCAUCGGCCGCGCUGUUCGGGCAGCCGUGAAGACUAUGCUGGCCAAGCCCAGCCUGUACCUGCCUCCGCCAGACUACGCCAGCUUCUCAGCCAAGUGGAACGAGGUGUACGGCAACAACCUGGGAGUCCUCUCCCUCUACUGCCUGCUCUUCCCCGAGGACGCCGCCGCGCUAGAAUUUGUUCUGACCUACCUGGACCGAAUGGCCUCUUACCCCAGCUGGCAGGUGCGGACCGCCCCAAACGAUGAGGUGCCGGUGGCCCACUCCCUGAGCGGGUUUGCAACUGCUCUGGACUUCCUCUACUCCGUCCUGGAUGAAGACAGGAGACAGAACUACCUGCAGAAGGUCAACAACGUCGCCAUGGAACUCUAUGAGUUCUCCAAGUACCGGGCAUGGGGUAAGCACUUCCUCCACAACCAUCAGGCCACCAAUGUUCUAGCCCUGCUGACUGGAGCCUUGGUGCUCGCCCCCCACCAGCCGCAGGCGGCCUUGCUCUGCAAGCAGUUCGCUAUCGACAUUAUGGAGAAGACUCUAUUCCUCCUGAGCCAUGUGGUAGAUGGGUCUCUGGACGAAGGGGUGGCUUACGGCAGCUACACUUCCAAAUCCAUCACACAGUACAUCUUCCUGGCCCUGCGGCACUUCAACCUGAACCACACCGGCAACCCCUGGCUGAAGCAACAUUUCUGGUUUUACUAUGCCACGUUGCUGCCCGGCUUCCAGCGGAGUGUUGGCAUUGCCGACUCUAACUACAACUGGUUCUAUGGGCCAGAGAGCCAGCUUGUUUUCCUGGACAGGUUCGUGCUCAGGGACGGCAGUGGUAACUGGCUGGCCAGGCAGAUCCGCAGGCACCGACCGAAGGAUGGGCCGAUGGAGGCGUCCAGCGCACACCGCUGGUGCACCCUGCACACGGAGUUCAUCUGGUACGACCCCGGGCUCACCCCCCGGCCGCCAGCCGUUCAUGGCAGCCCAAGGCUGCACGUCUUCCCCAACUGGGGGGUGGUCACCUACGGUGGGGGACUGGAACAGGAACCGGGCCACACCUUUGUCUCCUUCAAGUCAGGCAAGCUGGGUGGGCGGGCCGUCUACGAGCUGGUGCACGGUGCCGACAGUUGGGGGGCCGGCAGGGGGCGGCCGUACUCGUGGAUCGACGGCUGGAAGAGCUUCAACCCGGGCCACGAGCACCCGGACCAGAACUCCUUCACCUUUGCACCCGGUGGCCGUCCCUUCGUAUCCGAGGCGCUGUACGGCCCCAAGCACAGCUACCUUAACAACGUGCUGGUGUUUGGGCCCUCGCCCAGCAGCCACUGCAACUGGCCCUGGGAGGGCCAGCUGGGUGAGUGCGGCCAGUGGCUGGACUGGACGACGGGCGAGGCCGGCGGCUCGGCCGGCGAGGUGGUCACCGCCUCGCAUCACGGCAGCAUGCUCUUCACAAGCGGCGAGGCGGCGCUGGCCUACUCAUCAGCCAUGGGGCUGCGCAGCGUCUACAGAGCGCUGGUGCUUCUCAACGCCGAGACGCUGCUGGUGGUGGAUCACCUGGAGCGUCGGCCGGGCUCCCCGCUACGCCACGCCAGUGCCUUCUUCCACAACCUCGACCUCGACUUCCGCUAUGUGCCGUGGCGGUCUGAGGAGGGCCUCCACGGCGCCCUGCUCGAUGUCUGGGACGCCCAGUACAAGGCGGUGUGGUUCAGCGCCGCCGGUGACAGCCCCGAGCCCCAGAUCCAGGAGGCCGAGCAGGCGGCCGAGUUCAAAAAGCGCUGGACCCAGUUCAUCAAUGUGACUUUCGCCUUGCGGGGGCCUGUCACCCGCAUGGCGUUCCUGUUCCACGGCCCCUCUGUCCGGGUCGGCGACUGCCGCUUCCUGGAGGACGCCAGCGCCGGCCUCAAGGUGGCUCUCACCGUCAACGGCACGCCCGUGGUGGUGUGGCUGGCCACCCGGCACCAGGACCCCAGCUCCCGCUUCUCCUACCUCGGCUUCGGCGGCUAUGCCAAGGUGGAAGAACCGCACCAGGUCACCCGCUUUGGCCUUGGCACUGUCUCAGUGACGGCCCAGACCCCACCCCUGUCCCAUUCCCUCCCGGGCCCCACGGCUAAAGUGGUGGCGGUGGCAGCAGCGGCAGCUGCUAUGCCCUGCCUGGCCUUGGGCCUAGCGGCCGUCCGCUCUCGCCUCUCGCUCUCUUUUGGUCGCCUGCUGCGGCUAGCCAUGCUGGCAGCAAUCAGCCUGUGGCUGACGGAGCUGGCUGCCCUGUGGGCCGCCUGCCGCCUUCCCCUCUGCAGUGGCGGAGGGGGAGAGGGGGAGCCGGUGCCCGCUUCCCCCUCCCUGCAGUGGGACCAGGCGCUGGGAAGGAUGUCGCCACUGGUGAUCACCUCCCUCCCCGGCUCUGGUGCUGAGAUCCUGCGGCACCUCUUCUCUGACGCUGCCGAUUUCCUCUAUGUCCGGCUGCCUACUGAGCAGGCCGGCCUGACUGAGGCCGAGUUCGGCCUCGACCCAUUCACUGAUGCUUGCGAGUGGACGGCCACCGAAGCCCGGCAGGGUCGCUAUCGGCUCGUCCAGGGCUGGCUCCAGUCCCUGGUGCACAGCACCAAGUUGCACCUGCAGAACCUGGUGCUCCACCCUAGGGCCAGGGGGACCCCGCAGAGGAAACAGAAGCACAGGAGGGUCUCCCCGGGUGGCGAGGCCACGGAGGGUAAUACAGAGUAUCUGGGGCGGCUGCAGAGACACCUGGACGCCCACCCCAAUGCCCGUGUGGUGCUCAGUCUGAGCAGCGGCGCCUGGACCCUCAAGAUGCCCUUCGUGCAUGGCGUUUUGGGGGCCCCGACACGGCUGAUGCUGGUAGUGAGGGAUCCUCGAGCCUGGGUCCAAUCCUUGAUCUCCCAUGCCCAGCCCGGGCUCUCCUCGCUGGGGGAUGUGCCCGGGCGCCUGGCCGCCCUCUUUGGGGAGGGGGCGGGUGAGCGGUGUGGCUCUGCGGCCUUCGAGUACAAAUCCCUCCAGCGGCAGUUUGCUGACCCGACCAAGAGCGCGGUGGCCCUCCUGGCUCACCUCUGGCUUGCCAGCAUCAAGGCGGCAAUGAGGAUCAACGAGAAGCUACCGUCUGAGAACUACCAGCUGCUGAAGUUUGAAGAUGUUGUCACACUUCCUCGAGAGACAGCCGAGAGGGUUUAUGCCUUCCUGGGCUUCCCUUUGCCUCCUGCCGUACUCAACAGGAUACUGUUUGCCACCUCGACAAACCUGCUCCACCUUCCAUUCGAGAGCGACCUUGCAUCUGGCAACCUCCACGCCUGGAGGGAAACGAUGUCCCUGCAGGAUAUCAGGACUAUCGAGGACAUCUGCUGGUCAGUGAUGAGUCAGCUGGGCUAUUCGAGGUUUACCAGUUGAAAGUCGAACUGUCUGGAGUGGCAACUACGAUCCAGGCAGAUUGAACAAAGAAUAAAUCGCACGGUGGAGUCCCAGGAGCUCUUAUGAGGUUUCACUUGAAGAGCUUGUGCAAGAGAUGGAGGUUGAAUCCUGAGAGGGACAUUUAAAACUGGGGCGAGAUGGUUCACUUCCAACUCCAGAGCCCAUGUGGUGCUCGGUCUAAGCAGUGGUGGUUGGGCGCUCGAGUUUCCUUUCAGACAGUGAGGCUGGUGGAUGCAGUGAAGGGACUCACACACAAAGUUCUAUUCAUGUCAGUUCAACAGUAAGCUUGGUCAUGCAGAAACAUUUCCCAGCAUUCAGCCACAGGCCCCAAGAUUAAACUCUCAAAUGUUUCAGAUUGGGCCAGUCAGAGAGAUUGCAGUCUGCCACUGCAGAAAUCAUUGCUAGGAGGAUCAUACAGAGAUGCAUUGGCGAUGAAAGGAGGUUGGCUUUCCGUGGCACCUUGGUGGAGGUGGUGCUGAAUACUUGUUAAGCACUAGUAGCAAGGAGAUCAUUCAUGAGUGUGGAUUUGUCAGGCUCUCUCAGGGAAAUCCCAGCUGUUGUCUGCACGUGUAGAAUGGUGAGGUUCUGACCCAGAACUCACACCAUCCUGUGAUUCAGUCCAAAGAACCGCUCCUCACAGCCCCAGUGAUCCAGCUUCUAUUGUGACUUCCAACAUUCUCUGUGUGCAAUUUGCAUAUUCUCUCUGUGACCCUGUAGGUUUCCCACAAGUACACCUGUUUUUUCCUGUAUCCCAAACAUAUGCAGGUUGAUAGGUGAUUUGGCCACUGGAAAUUGCAUCUCAUGUGCAGCUGAGUGGUAGAAUCUUGGGAGAAGCUAAUGAGAAAAUGGGGAGAAUAAAAAAUUGGGAUUGGCAUGGGACUACUUUGGAGAGAGUUGAUGGAACUAUGGAGACAACAGGUUACAGGGAAUGUUAGUGGAGAACGGGAUUGCUUUGUUAGCUGGUAUAGACACAGCUGGCUGAUGUAGCAUCCUUCUGUGUGUUGUAAGGAAAUAAUAUGGCAAUGAAACAUGGAGAUCUGAGACUCAUACUGCAGUUUAUGGGUUCCUUGUGUUAAGUCCAUAACUUGAAUUCCAACUUCCCUUUGGAAAUGUACUUUGGGAAUGCUUGGAUUUGAGAAGGUUAUUGGUAAGUUAUAAAGAUUACUGGGUGCAAAGGAGCAAACUUUUGGGUCAUUUUAGAUGCCAUUGCCCAAGGUGUGUUGGGAAAGCUGCCGGUUUGAGUGGGCAGCAGACAGAAAGGACAUCGGGUUGGGUAACUUCCACAUUUGAACUAUUCCUCACCUGACACUCUUCCUCAUCAUUAACUUAACAUUAACAAUACCAAGCACAGGUACUGUACAGAUCACUACUCUUUCGUACUCCAUCUGCCUAUCACCCCUCCUCACCUGAAUCCACCUAUUGCCUGCCAGCUCCUGCUCCACUCCUUUCCCCAUCUCUUGUUAAUGGCUAUCUCCCCUCUAUCUUUCUGUCCAGAUGAAGGGUCUCAACCCGAAACAUCAAUUAUCCGUUUCCCUCCACAGGUACUGCCUGACCUGUUGAGUUCCUCCAGCAGUUUGUCUUUAGCAUGGAUAAGGGAGCUAGUACAGACAGAAAAGGCCAAAUGGCUUCCAUCCAUACUGAAAUAUAUUUCUGUCUGGUAAAUAUGGACAUGGCAGUGACAGCAAAACCCUUCGUGGGGACACAAGGGGGGAAAGGCAUAAUUUGAUUAUGAAGACAAUUGGAAGGUCUGACCAUAUUUUCUUAUGUCUAAAGAGUAGGAGAGGCCAGUGGCCUCCUUGCUUAGUGUUUGAUUUUCUGUUGAAGUAAUAUAUUUGGAAAGUUUGAGUGAAGAAUUGGGCAAUUUUCCAGCAGCCCGUCCUUCUGUGAAGCACUCCUCCAGCUGUUUGACUUUCCAUUACAGGAGUCUGGAGUGAUUGGUGGACUGUCCAAAAUGAAUGUUUUACAACCCAAGUAUUAUUGUUUGGCAAAGAAUGUCCAGUUCCCUACAUGGACCAAAGAGCCUGUUCUAUGUUGUUUUAUAUGUGGUUCAAUUGUAACAUUUAAGAGAAUUUUGGUUAGGGACAUGGAUAGGAGGCAUUUGGAGGGAUAUGGUCCAUUGCAGGCAUAUGAGACUAGACAGAAGAGCAAGUCAGCAUGCACAAGAUGGGUGAAGGCCAGUUUCUGUGCUGAAAACUCUAUGGCCAUGACUCUAAAGCCCACAUCAAUAGUAGUGAGAAGAAAUAUCCAAUUCAGACAGGAGGGUGAUUGUUUGGUGCCAAGGAUUAACCAGUUAACCAUGGGUUUCAGAGCAAAGUUGGAUGAACUUCUAGGCCUUUGAUGGGAUUCUUUAAAUGGUGUGAUGGACCAUAUGAUUUCUCUCCAAAUCCUGCAUGCUGUAAUAAAUAAUCACAUUUUGCAAUGGUUGUGAUUGAUAAACCGUCAGAUUUGAGGGUUUAGACUUUUUUUAAAGAUUACACCAGCAGUGUUCCUAAAUUAUUGGGAAAUGUUACAGUGUGAUUAAUGUGACAUUGCAAACAGCACUUGCUAGCCAUUGAAUUUACAAAGUAUGUGGCAGAUUGGAAUCGUGGAAAUGUGAAUUUAAAAGCUGCCUGAUUACAGAUACUGGCGAGGCUGACAUGUGUAGCCAGAGAGUGGUUAAUAAUUGAUGCCUCUAUGAGAGGAAGCCUGUAUUUCUUAUCUAAAUAGCUCUCGUGGAGUUGGGAUGAAGAUGGUGCAUAUUGCAUAAAGAAUGUUUCUGUGGAGGAAAUAGGACUGAACAAUGUGGCUCUUGCUUCUUUAUACAUGAUAGACGUGUUGGACACUGUGAUCUGGUUCGAUUUUCUUGUUCAUGUUCUGAUUCAUUACGACGUACAGAGCCUUUUUCUCUCCACACCUUGAGGAUUAUAUUAAAGAAUAUUAAUAAAAAUAACAAUCGUUUGAA